AGUUUACACUUCAACGGUGCCACUUAAAAACAUUCUGCAUUGCACUGUUCCUGAUCGCCUUCCAUACAGCGAUGUUGUCGGCGGAAAUUACAAAUUUGAACCCUGUGCAGUCGGGGACACAUUUGGACCAGUAUGGAGCACCCAUUGGUUUCUGGUGAACAUCGACAUCCCGGCGGACUGGGAAGGCAAAGAAGUUCAUUUGAUAUGGAAUGCUUUAUGUGAAACCCUGGUCUAUGUGGAUGGACACCCAGUGCAGGGCCUGAGUGGUGACUAUGAGAGAUACAGCUACCCUCUCAAUACAAAUGGCAGAAAGCCUGGCUCAAAAAUAACCCUCUACUUAGAAAUGGCUUGCAAUGAACUGUUGGGAAUUGGCAACAUAGCGAUGCAGAAAAAGGAAGAUGAGGAAAAGAAGUACACCCUCAUUCAGGCAGAAAUCGGUCUCUUUGACAGAGAAGCCUACGAUCUUGUUUAUGACGUGGAGACUCUGCACGAUAUUGCCCAGGAACUACCAGAUCAAGACCAGAGAGGCUAUCAGGCUUUGUACACGGUCAACAAAAUGAUCAACAUGAUAGACUUUGAGGACAGAAGUACUCUAAAGGCCGCCAGAAACCUUGCUUUGGAAUUCUUUAACCAGAAGAACGGAGAAUCUCAACACACUCUGUAUGCAAUGGGUCACGCCCAUAUGGAUACCGGUUGGUUGUGGCCCUAUGCGGAGACCAUCAGGAAAUGCGCCCGGUCCUGGUCCUGCAGUCUGAGACUGAUGGAGAAGUACCCAGACUACAAGCUGAUGUGUUCUCAGGCGCAACAGCUCGAUUGGGUAAAAGAGAAAUAUCCCAGCCUGUGGGAAGAAAUCCUCAGUUUUGUGAAAACUGGACAGUUUGUUCCUGUCGGAGGUACAUGGGUAGAAAUGGACGGCAACAUUCCGAGCGGCGAGGCGUGUGUGAGACAAUUCUUGUACGGACAGAACUUCUUCAUCAAAGAGUUCGGCAUCCAGUGUAAAGAGUUUUGGUUACCGGAUACCUUUGGCUACUCAGCCCAGUUCCCACAGAUCCUGCGUCACUGCGACAUAAACAGAUUUGUCACACAGAAAAUGAGUUGGAGUAUCAUCAAUAAAUUCCCUCAUCACACAUUUCACUGGGAGGGCAUCGACGGCUCCAGUGUACUGGCACAUUUCCCUCCCGGGGACAGUUACAAGAUGACCGGGACUGUGAACCAGGUUCGGCGGUCAUCCACGAAUUUCCAGGAUAAAGGCCGCUCAAACCGCAGCUUGUUUUUGUUUGGCUAUGGAGAUGGCGGGAAUGGACCCAGUGAGGAGAUGAUGGAACGCCUUCUGAGAAUGAAAGACUGUGACGGUUUGCCCAAGGUGCAUAUGAGCAACUCGGACGAGUUCUUCGAUGCCGUGGAGAAGGAGAAGCCUGAUAUGCUGUGUCGCUGGAGGGGAGAGCUCUAUCUGGAGUUGCACAACGGAACCUACACCACGUGGGCUCAGGUGAAAAAGUACAACAGACGUUGCGAGGUGUGGCUGAAGGACCUGGAGAUCGUGGCCACUCUAGCCCGUCAGAGGAACCCCAGCUACCAGUACCCCAAGGCGGAGCUGGACCGAAUGUGGAAGCUACUGCUGCUCAACCAGUUUCAUGACGUCCUACCCGGAACAUCUAUUACAAUGGUUUUUGAGGAAACAAUGUCACACUAUCGAGACAUUGAAAAAACUACAAGUGCUCUGAUCAAUGAGGCGGCAAGAGCUGGCGUUCAGAAACAGACUACGCCAGCAGAAGGCACACCCAAGGAGACAUUCUUGAUUAACACCCAACCGUUUCCCCGUCGUGAGGUCAUUGAGUUUUGGCACCAGGCCAACAAUAAUGAUGAGAUACUCCCGGAAGUCCGUGAACACAAUGUUUCUGCCGACAUUGCAUGUGUUGAGGUGGAGGUACCCCCUCUGUCCAUCAGAUCCCUCAGUGCUUGUGAGAUUACUAGAGCUCAGAAUGGGCAAGCUGGGACUGACAAUGUGUCUGUGAAAAGACAGGAGGUUCAACCAUUUGGCGAAGUAUUUGUCUUAGAUAACGGGAUCAUCAGAGCAUGUGUUGAUCGCAGCGGGAGGAUCGUGUCGUUAAAGAGAUUCGACAAAGCCGCCAAUAGGUGGACCAAAGAAGCUGUAGAUCCCCAACAGCCCAUGAACCAGUUUGUGAUCUACGAUGACGUUCCCCUUUACUGGGAUGCCUGGGACAUCAUGGACUAUCAUCUGGAGACCAGGAAAACCAUCUCACAGACGACAUCAGCAGACAGCUACAGUAACAAACUGAAGGCUGUUGUUAAGGUCGGGCUGAAGAUCAGUGACAACAGUUCCAUAGAGCAGGAGAUCGUGUUGGACGCAGACAGCCCUUACCUCAGGGUCAAUUUGAAGACUACAUGGCAUAUGAACCGUAAGUGUCUCAAGGUCGAGUUCCCCACCACUGUGCACGCCACUGAAGCUUCCUACGACAUACAGAGUGGCUUUCUGCGCCGACCCAACCACUACAACACUUCUUGGGACUCGGCAAGAUAUGAGGUUUGCGGCCAUAAGUGGGCGGACCUAUCGGAGCAUGGCUUUGGUGUCAGUGUUAUGAACGACUGCAAAUAUGGCUGGGCUGCAGUAGAUGGAACCCUGCGUAUGUCCCUCCUAAGGUCUCCAAAGAACCCUGACCCUGAGGCAGAUAUGGGCUUGCAGACGUGUGCUUAUGCCAUCUUGCCUCAUUUUGGCAGUCUACAGGAAGCUGGCACCAUCAACUACUCUCUGGCCUUCAACAACCCCUUGAGAAGUAUGCUGGCCCCGGCACCUGUAGCACCGGAGAAGGGUGUCAGUGGCAGCGACUGGUUUGAGUUCAAUUCCAACCAGGUCGUGCUUCAGGCCGUGAAAUUGGCUGAGGACGGCAGUAACACAAUCAUCCUCCGUGUCCACGAGGCCUUCGGCGGGAAAUGCAACGUCCGAAUCACGACUCCAAUCCAGUUUAAAACUGUCCAGGCAUGUAAUGGUCUUGAGCACUCCUCUGCGGCAGAAGAGAAACUGGUGAAUGCGAAGUGGGCGUGGAAAGAAGGCCGAGGAAGCAUCAGCUUCGAUCUAACUCCAUUCCAAAUGGUCUCCCUGAAAUGUUGUCUUUGAGACCGAAUGGUAACAAGAAAAGUGAACAUUUUUUAAAAUACCAAUAUAAUUAGGUUUUAAUGUUCAGUUCUUUGAAUCAUUGGUAACAUAUUACAGGUUCAGAACUUUUUGAAAACUAUUUUAAUGUGAAUAUAUUUGAGGUGAUACUGUAUUAUU